AUGUCAAACCCUAAUUUGGCCCUUUCGACUGCUUCGGCGCAGCAGACGGCGGUUCCCCCUAUUCGUAGUGAAAUCGAGGAGAUUUCGCAAUGGCACGCCCCCGAAAGUUCAGGGUGCAACAGCUUAUGGCGCGAGGCGGCCCUGGUUGUACCUUCGGUUCUGCUGGUGUUGUACCUUGGGUUUCAAGCAAGGCGCAAUAUGAAGAAGCUCAGGCACAGGAAGUCUUAUGUGAUGAUCGCGUACUACGCGCUCUUGUGGGUCUCGGCUCUUCUCAAUUUGGCUUGGUCUAUGGUUCAGGGAUGGCAGUGUGCUCCUGAUAAGGUAGUUGCUUGGAACUUGUUGUCAUUAUUCACUGAAUGUGGGAUGCUGUCUUUAGAGAUCAGCAUAGUUGCAUUCCUGCUCCAGGAUAAUUAUGCGAAUGGAUUAGAAGCACUUGCACAUACUUUCCUUAUUACAGGUUCCUUUGUAGCUGUUGAUUUGCUUGUUCAGGCAAUCUUCAUUUUCGGUUUUGGAGUACCUAUCUUCAUCAACAGUGAUGCUGCUACACACUGGGGAAAGUGGAGUAUAGUGUUCUUUCACAUAUUGGUGCUUGCAUCAGUCUAUUGCUACAUACUGUUCGUUCAUUAUUCCAAGUGGAAAGAUAAGUUGCCACCAAGGCCAUCAUUCUACAACUACGUUGUCUGCAUGUUCAUCGUAAAUGUUGUGGGAUUGUUUGCUAGUGGAUUGGCUGGAAUUGGGUUUGGCUUAGGAUUUUGGUUGUACAAUUUCAUGAUCAUCUGCCGCCACUCCCUUUAUCUCCCUUUCCUCUACGCAACUUUCCUAGCCGACUUCUUCCAGGAGGAAGACUGGCUUUUGGAUAAUGCAUAUUACUCGGAGAUGAAAGAUGCUGGUUUUUUCGAUUCCGAGUGGGAUUAG